AAUGUCAAACAUUUUUGUUUUCUUGUUAAAUACACCAUAAUAAAUUGCAAUAGAUUUGAAAUAAACUAAACAAUAAAAGUGCAAGGAUUUUAUAACUGUAAAAGUAUGCUAUCUUCAUCAAAAAUUUUAAGAGUAAUGGGGCAGACAUUGUCGGAGCCGAUCACAGAGAAGCAAUCAUCAACAUGCCAGGACUCGAGGUACCUUGUUGGCUCAUCCUGCAUGCAGGGCUGGCGGGUCUCCAUGGAUGACUCUCAUACACAUAUACUGUCGCUGCCUGAUGAUCCUGGGACUGCUUUCUUUGGUGUUUACGAUGGGCAUGGCGGAGCAAAUAUAGCUGAGUAUGCAGGCAAGCAUUUACACAAAUACAUUACGAAUCGUCCUGAAUAUCAUCUUGGUAAUGUUGAAGAGGCACUGAAACAGGGUUUCCUGGACUUGGAUCAGGCGAUGUUGGAGGAGGACCUGCUGCAGGAGAAGGUAGCUGGUAGCACAGCUGUGGUGGUGCUCAUCAAAGACAAUGUUGUUUAUUGUGCCAAUGUCGGUGAUUCAAGAGCUAUUGCUAGUGUUAAAGGAACGGUGGAAGUAUUAUCAUAUGACCACAAGCCUAACAAUGAAGAAGAACUCCGCAGGAUCACAGCUGGUGGUGGCUGGGUCCAGCUAAACCGGGUUAAUGGUAACCUAGCAUUGUCCAGAGCGCUGGGUGACUAUGUCUUCAAGAGGAACUACAGGCUGACUGCGCAGGAACAGGUUGUCACUGCAUAUCCAGAUGUAAUUGUGCGACCUUUGAAUGAAGAUUGGGAGUUUAUUGUCAUCGCGUGCGACGGCAUUUGGGAGGUCCUGUCAAAUGAUGAAGUGAUAUCAUUCUGCCGUGCUCGUCUGCUGAGCGGGUGGCAGCCGGCGGCGGUGUGCGAGGCGCUGAUGCAGCGCUGCCUCGCCCCCAACUGCGCGACCGGCGGCCUCGGCUGCGACAACAUGACUGUGCUCAUCAUCUGUCUCCUACCCUUCCCCAGGAUAGAUGCUAUUUCCGCUUAUAGCUGUUUCGAGUCGUCUCGGCCUAGCCAAGUCUGGAUGAUGUCGCCGCGACGAUUCUGUUAAUUAAUACAUAUUUAUAUUAUUAAGCUAUAGUCACACUGUUUUAUGACAUCCAUAUUUGGGGGUAGUUGGAAAAAAUGUGUGAAAAAUUUAAAACAAGGAUCUGAAAAAUUGGGUAAAAAUAACGAAAAUUAUUUUGUAAAAGUUCUUUUAAGAAAUAUUGCGGCAUAAAAACGACAGGCGCUGUUUUAUUUAUUAUUUUCAUUAUUACCCUAGGAAAUUAUUCGUUGUGGUUAUUUUACCAUAGAUAGUGUGAUUAUGGCCUAAUUGGUACAUACAAAUUAUUCCCCUGUGAACUGUGAUAGUGCGUCCAAAGACUUAUUAAAGCCGAUUGCACACUGCGAUAUAAGAAAAUUUGCAUGUGUUUUCAAAUUUUCGUAGUAUUUUAAUAAGUGGCUUUUGAACUGCAAUUUAUUGCUUUCUUUACAUCUAAUUUGGAAAUUAUAGUUCCACAAACUUAUUUGGCUUAAGGGUUACUUACGAAUAUAUAGAUAAUAUAAUAACAAGACAAGAUAAUAACGAGCCAGCUACAGUCUGACAACGACAUUUUGACACUUUUUUGAUACUGACAGUCGUCCUAUAUAAUCUAUAUUUUAAUUUCAUCUUUGUCCAGAUAAGUUUGUUGCACUAUAUUAUAAUUUAAU